UGGAGCUUCAGGAGCGCAGAAGAGCAGAAUCUCCAGCACAGACACACACACACACUCUCACACACACACACAGGGAAUCUCCGCACAGCAUCAGCGGCUCUCCAGGGCAAUCAUCAUGACUCUGAGAGGACUGGUCUUGUUUCUCCUCCUCUGGAGUUCAGAGAGCAGCAGACACGCCGAAAUCCCAGACGACGACACCGUGUUCGACCUGUUCGAGCUCUCGCGCGUGCACAAGAAGAACCACGGUGUGAGUCUGGUUAAAGGCCCGGAUCCCUACAGCCCGGCGUAUAAGAUCCUGAACCCGAGCCUGAUCCCACCGGUGCCGGAUCUAUCGUUCCGAGAUCUGCUGUUCUCCAUCCAGACGGAGCGCGGGUUUGUGUUUACCGCGAGUCUGAAGCAGGUGAAGCGCACACGGGGGAGUCUGCUCUCGGUGGAGCGCACAGACGGCUCCGGCUCUGUCUUCGAGAUCAUCUCCAAUGGGAAGGCCAACACGCUGGAUCUGGUAUUCUGGAGCGCUGGCGGGCAGCAGGUGGUGUCGGUGGAGGAGGUGGAGCUGGCGGACGGACACUGGAGGAACAUUACACUGUUCGUGCAGGAGGACCGCGCACAGGUGUACGUGGGCUGCGAGGAGAUCAACACACAGGAGCUGGAUUUACCGAUACAGCAGAUCCUGGAUCAGCAGAACGCAGAGAUAUCCAGAUUGAGGAUCGCCAAAGGAGCUGCCAAAUCUGACCGCUUCAUGGGAGUUCUCCAGAAUGUGCGGUUUGUGUUUGGAACGACGGUGGACGCGAUUUUACGCAAUAAAGGAUGCGAGAGCUCGAGCUUCAUCCCUGAUGUCCUGACCCUGGAGAAACACGUCAACGGGUCGAGUCCCGCCAUCCGCACCGACUACACUGGACACAAGACUAAAGAUCUGCAGGACGUCUGCGGUUUCUCCUGUGAUGAUCUGACCAGCAUGUUUAAGGAGCUGAAGGGUCUCGGUGUGGUGGUGAAGCAGCUGUCCAAUGAGCUCCGGCAGGUGACUGCAGACAACAGCUUAAUCAUGACGCAGAUUAAAAUCCACGAAGGAGUUUGUCUGCACAACGGCAUCGUGUAUCGGGAUCGAGACGAGUGGACGGUGGACAGCUGCACACACUGCACAUGCCAGAACUCUGCCACUGUGUGUCGUGAGAUCUCCUGUCCGCUGAUGCCCUGCGCCAACGCCACGGUGCCCGAGGGUGAAUGCUGCCCACGCUGCGGCACACCGAGUGAUGCGGGUAUUGACGGCUGGUCCCCUUGGUCUGAAUGGACGCUGUGCUCUGUGUCGUGCGGUCGAGGGAUUCAACAGCGCGGACGUUCCUGCGACCGAAUCAACAGCAACUGUGAUGGCACAUCGGUCCAGACCAGAGACUGCUACACGCAAGAGUGCGACAAACGCUUUAAGCAGGACGGUGGCUGGAGCCACUGGUCCCCCUGGUCCUCCUGCUCGGUGUCGUGUGGUGAUGGCCUCAUCACUCGCAUCCGGCUCUGCAACUCCCCGACACCGCAGAUGGGCGGCAGAGACUGCGCAGGAGAAGGGCGCGAGACUGAACCCUGCCAGCAAGACCCGUGCCCAGUGAACGGCGGCUGGGGUCCAUGGUCUCUGUGGGACAGUUGUUCGGUCAGCUGUGGUGGAGGGUUACAGCGCAGACACCGCCUGUGCAACAGCCCCGCUCCCAAAUACGGAGGAAAAGACUGUCUGGGCGACUCCAAAGCUGCCCGAAUGUGCAACGCUCAGUCCUGUCCUGUAGAUGGCUGUCUCUCGAACCCGUGCUUCAGUGGAGCCAAAUGCAACAGCUUCCCUGAUGGCUCCUGGAGCUGCGGAGAGUGUCCGGCUGGGUACACUGGAGACGGGACACACUGUGAGGACAUCAAUGAGUGCAAAGAAGUUCCAGACGCCUGCUUUGUGCUGAAUGGAGUCCAUCAGUGUGAGAACACAGAACCAGGCUACAACUGUCUGCCGUGCCCACCGCGAUACUCCGGACCGCAGCCCUACGGCAGAGGCACAGAGCAGGCCAUUGCUAACAAACAGGUUUGCACAGCAAGAAACCCAUGUGCGGACGGUAGCCAUGACUGCAAUAAAAACGCCAACUGCAUCUACCUGGGCAUCUUCUCGGACAUCAUGUACCGCUGCGAAUGUAAACCUGGAUACGCCGGGAAUGGACACAUCUGUGGGGAGGAUCCGGAUCUGGAUGGCUGGCCCAACACAGACCUACACUGUGUGGAAAACGCCACUUACCACUGCAAGAAGGAUAACUGCCCUGACCUUCCCAACUCUGGACAAGAAGACUACGACAAAGACGGCAUUGGAGACGCUUGUGACCAUGAUGAUGACAAUGAUGGGAUCCCUGAUGACGGGGAUAACUGCCCGUUCGUCUUCAACCCAAGACAAUACGACCAGGACCGUGAUCAAGUGGGCGACAGUUGUGAUAACUGCAUAUACGACAGUAACACCGACCAGACAGACACCGAUAAUAAUGGAGAAGGAGAUGCAUGUGCGAUUGACAUCGAUGGGGACGGCAUUCUGAAUGAGAAGGACAACUGUCCAUAUGUGUACAACACCGACCAGAGAGACACUGACCGGGACGGAGUCGGUGACCACUGUGAUAACUGCCCACUGGAGCACAACCCUGACCAGAUUGACUCCGACUCCGACACCAUUGGAGACAAGUGUGACAGUAACCAGGAUAUCGAUGAGGACGGACAUCAGAAUAACCUGGACAACUGCCCCUACAUCCCCAACGCCAACCAGGCCGACCACGACAAGGACGGAAAAGGAGACGCCUGCGAUCAUGAUGAUGACAACGAUGGCAUUCCUGAUGACAGAGACAACUGUAGACUCGUCUUCAACCCCGAUCAGCUGGAUUCAGACGGUGAUGGCAGAGGUGACGCCUGCAAGGACGACUUUGACGAUGAUAACGUGCCAGAUAUUUACGAUGUUUGUCCGGAGAACUUUGCCAUCAGUGAAACAGAUUUCCGCAGAUUCCAGAUGGUUCCUCUGGAUCCCACGGGAACUUCCCAGAUUGACCCCAAUUGGGUCGUCCGUCACCAGGGCAAAGAGCUUCUGCAGACGGUCAACUGUGAUCCUGGCAUUGCUGUUGGUUUCGACGAGUUCAACGCUGUGGACUUUAGCGGCACGUUCUUCAUCAACACAGACCGGGAUGACGACUACGCCGGCUUUGUGUUCGGUUACCAGUCCAGCUCUCGCUUCUAUGUGGUGAUGUGGAAGCAGAUCACGCAGACAUACUGGUCCCACACGCCCACCAAAGCCCAGGGCUAUUCAGGACUCUCCAUUAAAGUGGUCAACUCCACCACCGGGCCCGGAGAACACCUCCGCAAUGCACUCUGGCACACCGGUGACACCGAAGGACAGGUGCGAACUCUGUGGCACGACCCCAAGAACAUCGGCUGGAAGGAUUUCACGGCCUACAGGUGGCACCUGAUCCACAGGCCCAAAACUGGACACAUCAGAGUUAUUAUGUAUGAAGGCAAGAAAGUGAUGGCAGAUUCAGGAAGUGUCUACGAUAAGACAUAUGCUGGAGGAAGACUCGGCCUGUUCGUCUUCUCUCAAGAGAUGGUUUACUUCUCAGACCUCAAAUACGAAUGCAGAGAUGUAUAAUGGAGGAUUCCCCGACGGACCUUUCUGUUGUUUUCUGCAGUUUAAAUUAGUGCUGUCAAAUGAUUAUCCACACCCAAGAUAAAAGUUUGUAUUUACAUUUUUAUAUAUAUGUGUGUGUGUGUGUGUGUGUGUGUGUGUGUGUGUGCGUGCUUUGUAUAUUUAUGUAUAAAUAUACACACAUACUGUACAUAAAAUUAAUAAAUAUACAAGAGGAAUAUAUUUACAUAUAAUUUGAAUUAUAUAAAUAUAAACAAACAUUUUAUUGAAUAUAUUAUAUACAAUAUAAACACUUUACACACAAAUAUAUUUAGUAAAUAUGAAUUUUAUUCAGGUUUCAGGAUUAAUGGUUUGACAGCACUAGCUUAAAUAUGUUGUGUUAUAAAAGUCUUCUGUGGUGGAACCGAGGAUCCAAACGUGAAGUCCUGAGUGGAAAACAAAGCUGAAAUCAGCGGAAUAAGGGAAGCUCUUCAGUAACGUCUGAUCUGUGUGGACUUGAGCACAGAAAUGAAGUAAAGCUUGGGGAUCUGACUGUAGGAACGUCCAGGAAUGAUGCACAUUUGACUCUGAGCUCUUCUGCUUGCCAUUGAGACGUCCAGAUCUGAAGGAUCAUUUUGAUUCCUUUUGAUCAGAUCGAUGUUCACCAGUGUGUGUUUCUCAGGGCUAGAAGGACCUUCAACAUGCAAACAUAACUUCUGUAUGUUUGUUAAGGAGCAGGAAUUGGAGGCGCACUUGUUUAAUUUAUUUAUUGUGUUGAGAGGAGAUGGAUGCAUGUGGACUCAUCUCACAAAUAAACAACUGGAGAGUAUUUCAGACUGAGGACUAUAGAUAUAUAUAUACAUAAAUGUAUACAAUUAUUACCUCACUGAUGUUUAAGAAAAAAUAUAUGAAUAAUUAAAUUCGAGUUUAUUUUUGAGCCACUUCUGUAAAUAAUACAAUCUAUUUUUGUUUCGGAAGAGACCCCCCCCCCCCCCCCCCCCCCCAGUGCAGAAUAUGAAUGGAAAUUAUUGAUAUAAAUAGUUUAUGCAUAAUGUUGUUGUUAAAGUAAGUUAUUGGUUUAAGUUUCCUGUUGUCAUGUCAUAUGUGUAGAUAUCUGCUAUUUAAAUAAUUUAUAAUGAACUGUAACCUGACAUUGGAAGUGUUUAUAUAAACUGUUUGCACACUGAUGAGGAUAUUCUUAGUUUUUUAUGAUGUUUAAGGAUGCUUCAGUGUCAGUUUUGUUACUAGUUUUACACAAUAUUGUUGUUUAAUUAUCAAUUCUUUUGUAAAAUCACAUGAACAAUAAAUACUUUUGAGUAAAAA